CCUCAUACCCACCACAUCUGACCAAUUACACCGCCCGGCUGAACAGCAACAAGCCGGGCCCACAAAGAUUCAUUUCGUAGGACGGAAAAGUGACAAGCUAAACUCUCUCUGUCCCUCGUUGGACAAGGAGAGUCUUCGGCAGAAAGUGCGACACAGUUGUUCGUGAGUUUAUCUGAUAAUGUGGUGGUAGAGGAGGAACAGGGAGGCGGCUCAUUGAACGGCCGACAAGUUGGAGUGUUUUUUGAUGGCCAUAACUAACGCUACAUGAAACCCCCUCCGCGACACCAGGAAAAGAGGACGAGCAGCAGCUGCAGACGAGAGGAGACAUUUUAAGACUAGCGACAGUCGCUGCCCGGGUACGGUGAGGUGAGCGGAGGAUGUUGUCUCGGCUCAGUGAGCAGAUAUGGGCGGACUGGAUUUGGUUUCCUGAAGGCCACGGCUGGGCUGACCUGACCGACCAUGAUGGCCAGGUUUUCCCUAAAACACAGGACCUGUGGGCUACUAUACCCAUCGCACUGUGCUUCCUGGUCUGCCGACAGAUAUUUGAGAGGACAGUAGCGACGCCUCUCGCCUCCCUGUUGGGAGUGAGUGACAAGCAGCGUGUUCAUGCUCCUCCAAAUCCCGUCCUGGAGUCCUAUUUCUGCAGCACAUCAAAGCAUCCCACACAGAGCUCCAUAGAGGGUUUAAGCAAACAAGCGGGCUGUUCAGUGCGACAGGUCCAGAGGUGGUUCAGGCGGCGGAGGAACCAGGACAGACCCUGCAAGCUCAAAAAGUUUCGGGAAGCAAGUUGGAGAUUUACGUUUUACCUUCUUGCUUUCUUUGCUGGCCUGGCAGUCCUUAUUGACAAACCAUGGUUGUAUGAUAUGAAGCAGAUGUGGGAUGACUUCCCGAAAAUGCCACUGUUGCCUUCACAGUACUGGUACUACAUGAUCGAGCUAGGCUUCUAUAUCUCGCUGGUUUUUAGCAUAGCAACGGAUGUUAAACGUAAGGAUUUCAAAGAGCAGAUAAUUCACCAUGUAGCCACCAUUUCCCUUAUCAGUUUCUCCUGGCUGGUAAACUACAUCCGGGCAGGGACUUUGAUCAUGUUGGUGCAUGAUUCCUCCGACUAUUUAAUGGAGGCAGCCAAAAUGUUCAACUAUGCAGGUUGGAGGAACACCUGCAACUGCAUGUUCACCAUGUUUGCUGCAGUUUUCAUUUUCACCCGCCUCGUAAUCCUCCCCUUCUGGAUCAUAUAUACGACGUGUGUGUACCCCCUGACCCUCUACACCCCCUUCCUCGGCUUCUACUUCUUCAACGGGCUAAUGUUAGUGCUGCAGGCUCUGCACAUCUUCUGGGCAGUGCUCAUCUUGCGCAUGGUCGUCAAAUUCCUGCCAGGCAACGACAUUGUCGAGGACGAGCGGAGCGAUAAAGACGAGACAGAGUCGGAAGACGAAGACGAUGGUCGCGAGAGGACGGAAAAGUUUAAGAACGGCCACACGCAGAACGGCCACACUUUCCUGAACAACAACCACAGUAAGACGGACUGAUUGGACUGUUAGAGCUGGAGAUGAGGCUGUGUGAGGAGUGACGAUGGGCCCUCACAUGUGGCCCUCACCUGAAAGCCAAAGAACGGGAGCGUGGCAUGUUGAAAAGGGCAACCGGCGGCAGCACAAACACACACACACACACACACACACACACACACACACACACACACACACACACACACACACACACACACACACACACACACACACACACUCAUAUCUUUACCCUCCUUUCUGAAACCCUGGUACCAAAGUGGAUAAUUCCACUUCUCUGUGGAUUACAUUAACUUAAAUGGGGAGAGGAAGACUGUGGUGGAGAACCACAAUGAUCUGCUUAGCACCUAAGCAGCAGAGUGGUUAUCUCAUUACACACACACCUUCUCCUCUUUUCUCACCUCUCUUGUCUCCUUUGCUUUAUGCUAAGAUUUUGUGCUGUUGACCAAGUUGCCACAUGCCAAAUCUAGCUUUAUGUUUGGUCUAUAGGAGUGUUUUAAAGAGAUGCUGUGGUUAGGACGGGCCCUCCCUUCCUGCACAGUUGGUUAAAACUCUUCAGUGACAGUCGGUCACAUGGUGAGGAGCUCCAAGGUGAUAUCUUUUUAUGGACCAUAACCUAAUUUAAGUCUAUUUCCUCAAGUAUCGGUUAAUAACAAAUUUGAGAGAUUCAGUUAUUGCAGCUGCCAGUUUGUCACUUUGUUUUUUUCUAAAUUUAAUUUGUUUCAAUGUUUAAAAACUAAAAUAAUUGGAGGUAAAUAAUGUUUUAACGGUUGGAAAAACCUGCGAUAAGGUGCUACAUCUGUAUCGUGUGUUGAAAUGUGCCUUAAGUGGAAUGCGCCGAGAUCAUUUUAAGUGUUUUGUUUGUGUUUAAUAUCGUUUUAGUUGUAUGAUUUUAUUUUGGUUUUGUUUUAUUUGUUUUCAGUCCAGUCAAUGGUUUAAAUUUGGGAGCAGUUUGUUUGAGUGUAUCCCGAACCAAUCAGUAACUGUUUAUGAAUUCUUUAUGGACUGAAAGAGUCAAAAGCAUUUCCAUUCAGUGUUGUUUUUCCCAUCCAUCCAAAGAUGCACUUUAUGGUUCCCUCUAUAGAUAAAUGUCUUGUAAACAAGCUUUGUAAAAGUGUUUGAUUUCAAUUCAAACCAGAUUUCUUUGUAGUUUAGGGGGUAUGAUUUAAAUUUUGUUUCAUAUUUAUUCUCAUUAUUAUCUACCCAAGAUCUUCCUUGUUGCCAGUGUUUUGGUACUUUUUGUAAAAAGGAAAAAAAAAAACGUUUAAUGAAAUCUUAAGUAAAGAGGUAAAAAAUGAAACACCAAAGUAUGGUUUACAUUUUGUACUACCUUGUCAUUUGCAAGUGCCUUCAUCAUUUCAAGUGUUGAUUGUAGAAAGAAAUGUUAUGUCUGUCCCAUUUGUCUUUAUUUCUGCUGUCUUUGUGCCCUAUCACAACCAACACUCCAUGCACCGUUAACGCUCUGGGCCUCUAACUUUCCUGCCUCGGCUCACAACAACCAAUCGUCCUGCAGCUCCCUCUAAAGAGCUUUGCUUCUACAGAAAUGGUUUUUAAUCUGCAUUAUGUGUUGCUGAGAUGUAAAAAUCAUAAUGACAAUGACGAUAAAGAUAAUUGUGGAUAACUA